AUGUGUCCCAUGGUGUGUCUCAAGAUGUGUCCCAUGGUGUGUCUCAAGAUGUGUCCCAUGGUGUGUCUCAAGGUGUGUGCCAAGAUGUGUCCCAUGGUGUGUCUCAAGGUGUGUCCCAUGGUGUGUCUCAAGGUGUGUGCCAAGAUGUGUCCCAUGGUGUGUCUCAAGAUGUGUCCCAUGGUGUGUCUCAAGAUGUGUCCCAUGGUGUGUCUCAAGGUGUGUGCCAAGAUGUGUCCCAUGGUGUGUCUCAAGAUGUGUCCCAUGGUGUGUCUCAAGAUGUGUCCCAUGGUGUGUCUCAAGGUGUGUGCCAAGAUGUGUCCCAUGGUGUGUCUCAAGAUGUGUCCCAUGGUGUGUCUCAAGAUGUGUCCCAUGGUGUGUCUCAAGGUGUGUGCCGAGGGCCAUGUCAGUAAGGAGUGCAACUAA